UCAAACGUCGGUUGAAGUUUAUAGUGCGCAUGUGAAAUCAAACUAAAUCAUUGUAUCUGAAUCAUGAUUAGAAGAAAAAGCAGCUCGAACAGCGCGAAAAGCAUCAAAACACGCCGUAGCAGCAGUGUCGGGUUUGAUGAGUUUGGCUUUGCUCUCAGCAAGAAAAGAGACAAGAAACUUCAACACCGAUAUAAUGAUUACAGCUACCCUCAGCCUAAUCCAAUUAAAGUGAAGGAGUUAUGUGAAUUUCUGAGCUAUUGGAAUGGAUCCAGUUUCAUUUGCAGAAAUCAGAUUGAGAGGUUUAUUCGUAUUGGGAUUCCUCCGGCAAUACGUGGGCAAGUGUGGAAAUGCCUCCUAAAUAUUGACAGUCUCCGAGUUGCGAGCUCUUUCGAUUAUGAGGCAUGUCAAGCUGAGAUCCGUAGACCUCUGGUUGAUCUUGGAGUCAGCGAGUACAGUAUCAUCUCUACUAUAGACUCUCUAGUGGACACAGAGAAUGAAAUCAGCAGCGGACAAGCAUCAGGCCACCCCAACACCGACCUCACACUCUUUAAACAGAUUGCCCUCGACCUACAAAGGUCUUUUCCAACCCAUCGCACCCUAAUGGGGCACCGUCCUGAAGCUAUUGAGGGCCAGGCCAAACUUUUCAGAGUUCUCAGUGCAUAUGCCAGAUAUAAUCCCCAGAUUGGAUACGUACAAGGGAUGUCCUACAUUGCUGCUGUGCUCCUGAUGAUCCUCUCUGAAGAAGAGGCUUUCUGGGCUCUGGUGGCUCUGUUAGAGAAGCCCAAGUAUCUUUCAGAGCUCUUUGAUUCCUCUAUGAAGAAGAUUCAGCAUCAGGCCUUGGUUUUUCACCAGCUCCUUAAGCACAGAAAACCUUUGCUUUUCCAGCACUUGGAGAAUCUUGGGGUGUCUUCUCUGCAUUUUAUCAUGCAGUGGUUCCUCACUCUCUUCACCUCUCUGCCAUGCUGGGACUCGGUGUUGGCUGUCUGGGAUCUUAUCAUGCUGCAUGGGCUGCAGGCUGUGUUUCGCACGGGCCUCACCAUCGUCCUGCUCUUGGAGUCUCGUAUCAUGAACAUGAGUGAGGAGGCCACAGUGCUGCCUGUUCUGCUGCGAGUGCCUGUGGACAUCUCUCAACAUCGUGUCCUGAUCCCAGCACUGUGGAACACUGAAGUUCAGGAAUGGGAAAUAAACUGCAUGAACAGCCUGGUUUUGGAGGAGACCAGAGGCGGACAAGACACAGAUUUGUUCUUGCAAUGCCACAACAAAUUACAGGAAUGCAAACUCACGAGGGGCGUAAAAGCAGAGAAGAUUCAAAAUGAAAGCGGAAAGAGUCAUUCGAGUUCCUUCAGCGCCAGACAAAAAGAUGAGAAACCUCGACUGAAAGUUGCCCAGAACACUUCCAAGACAGAGACUGCAGGCUCGAACAGUAAGAAUGUUUUCACACGACUGCUGAAGGUGGCUCAGCAUUACCUUUUGGAAACAGGCAAGCACAGUGCAGCUGCAAAGUCUUCAUCUGCCAAGAAGAGCCCCGCCCCCUCCCGCCUCCCCAAAACUAGAAUCUCCACCUCCCUCACUCAGGUUCGAGCCAUGAGGAGCAGUAGCAGGCGUUCCCAGAAUUCAAUUCUGGGUGGCGUCAAGAAGGAGCGAUUCCCUUCUCAAGAUUCAGAUGGAGGUGCCACUGAAGAAAGUUCUCAGUCUUCGACCUGGUGGCUGAGGUCAGGGCCUGUGGGCAGAGUAGCCCGACGAAAGAGCCGGGGUCAGUCUGGACGAAGAAAUUCCCUCCUGCUGAAGAACCAGAAAUCUAGAUCUCAGCAACCACCUGCUCAAACAUGCAUGCAACCAGAGAACAGCAAAAACGAUGAUUGUCAAGAAACCCAAACCAGGAAUGUUUCUACCCGGUGUCCACCUCUGACUGAGAGAAACUACAUCACGUGCCCAAUGACAGCAAAUCAAGUGCAGGAAUCACAGCUAAUCUGAGUCAACUACAAGAUUCAUCAUGGAACAUAAAAUGCUGACCUCAAAACCCUACCUGGCUCAUGCCUUAAUGUCAUUGUUUACUACUAGCUUAACAGCAUUCUUGACCGUAACAUACUGACUGCAUUUUGGUUAUAUGCACUACCGACUGAAUGUCUAAAUCAAUGAAUGUCCUAUUUGUAGUUUUAUGGCUCUUCAAUAAUUGUGGGGAUGUCCAUGUUUUAAUGUAGCAUUUAUAUUCAAUUGAGAAAAUAAAGGAUUAAAAAGA